AUGCAUUUCCCCUUCACUCUGCUCAGCCUCGCCAGCCUCGGCCUGAAUAUGCUCCCUGUUCAGUCCGCAGCGGUUCCCACCGUUGAUUUGGCUCGCCGCGUCGAACAUGCAAUCAACAAUGUCUAUCUCUCUAGCACGGUCAAGAAGCGUCACACCUACGGGGUGGAUGAAGACGAGACCGCACUCGAGAAGCGUCACACCUACGGGGUGGAUGAAGACGAGACCGCACUCGAGAAGCGUCACACCUACGGGGUGGAUGAAGACGAGACCGCACUCGAGAAGCGCCACACCUACGGGGUGGAUGAAGACGAGACCGCACUCGAGAAGCGCCACACCUACGGGGUGGAUGAAGACGAGACCGCACUCGAGAAGCGUCACACCUACGGGGUGGAUGAAGACGAGACCGCACUCGAGAAGCGUCACACCUACGGGGUAGAUGAAGACGAGGUCGUGUACGUCUAG